AACAACGCCCUGUGAAAUCAUGGCGGGUCCCUUCAAGCUGCCCAACAAGGCGGAGGCCGAGGCCGAAAAGAAGAAGAGGGCUGCGAUCAAGCAGGUCAAGGAGUGGGUCGAGUCAUACAUUCCACCCGAGCACCUCGCCAACCACGACUGCGUCGUCGACGUCUCCGAGGUUCAAUGCGGCGACCCCAACUGCGCCCCCAUCGACACCGCCGUGCGCAUCAUCUACAAGGGCGACGACCAGGGCGGCAACGUGGGAACCGUCUUUGGCGUCCCGUGCGAGGCGGUUGACGUGGAGCAGAGCGACAUCGACGAGAUGAUGCCGCCCGCGGAGUACUUCGACGCCUGGCACAAGGGCGAGACGAGGCACUGGCCGCCGCCGCCGGAGAACCCCGAGCCCGGCGAGCCGCCCGACGUGGAGCUGCGGUUCAAGGUUGGCGACAGGGUGGAGUGCUGCAUCGCGCGGGGGCCAGACGGUUGGGCGCCUGGCACGAUCGUGUCGCACUGGUUCAGGGCGCCGCAGUGGCCCACCGGCCAGUUCGCGCCCUACCAGAUCAAGCUGGACUCUAGCGAGAACCUGAUCUUCGCCCCGCAGGACAGGGACAACUGCAUCAGGGCCCUUUCUGAGCAGGGCAUGUCAUUCGGGUUUCAGCAGUGAAGAAGGGGAGUGCGGCGAGCAAACUAGACUACCCUGUGCAAAAAGGAGUUUUCCGACGACUG